AUGUAAAUUGGGUAACAAAAUUUUGAUGAUGCAUUAUAUGAACUUGAAGAAGUCUCGAAGCUUGUAUUUUCAAAUGAGGACAAUUUCUUCAAUGAUCAUUUAGUUUGUAGGAUUUGCUCUUAGGUCUUUAUUGACCCCUGGGCUUGCAGUGUUUGCAAAAUUACAUCCUGCUAUCAAUGCCUUCUCAAAUUUAUCUUAUCGAGAUAGUGGGAUGAGAAUAGUAAUUGUUUAGUCAGAUGCACAUAGAAUAAAUUCAACGGAGCACCAUAGUAUUUCACGAAAGCUAAUUAUAUUUUAAGUCACAUUAUCAAGACUUGCACUUUUAGGUGUAAUUAGUGUCAGAAGGAUUUCAAAGGUUCAGUUUAACUACGAUAACACUAGUGUAAAUCAUAGGAUGAUAUUCAAUAAUAAGAUUUGUUCUAGCUAUAAAUUGGUUUAAAUAAUAAGGAAUAGAUAAUUGAAUAAAUUGGUAUUGAUUUAACUUCAAUAGACUAGUCAGCUGUCUUAACCAAUAUCAAAUUAGAUUCAUUCAAAGAAAAAGUAAGUGAAAAUUAGAUGUUCAGCAUGAAUCUUAAGAAACCUAGGUAUUUGAAAGAUCUGAAUCCUGAAGGACUAAAUGGCGAAAUUUUGAAUGCAAAUGAAGAGUAUAACGAUGAAAAUUACUAUGGAGAAUAUUAUAAUGAUUACUAUGAUUAUGGCUAAGAUGACUAGAUUUAAAAUGGUUAAUAGGAGGAAUAAUAAUCAGAUGAUUAAAAUAAAUACGAAGAUAUUAUUAAGGGAAAUGCUGAUUAAAUUGAGCAGUGUCGCCAAUUUGAUAUUGAACUUUAAUCUAAUUAAGAUAAAAAUUUAAUAAGCAAAAUUUCGUAAGUAUUGAGAGUUACCCCUCAGCACUAAGACAAGUACCUGAUUCAAGACGGAUGA